GUUGCCACUCCCAAACCCUCUCAAACUCAAAUCAAUCUUCUUCCAUUUUUCAAAUUUUAUACACAACAACAACAACAACAAAACUUCUUACUCGCUAGAAAUGGCUCGCCUUCUCUUCCGUCUUCUCGUAGAAUCCAACACCCCGUCGCCGGCGAUUGAUAACUCCAACGCCGCGUUGAAUUCCGAUCUCGUCGUCAUCCUCGCUGCUCUCCUCUGCGCUUUGAUAUGUGUUCUCGGCUUAAUCGCCGUUUCUCGAUGCGUCUGGCUCCGUCGUUUUGCAGCCGGAAACAGAACAGCCUCCGGAUCUCAAGGUCAAUCUCCUCCACCUCCAGUCGCAGCGGCGAACAAAGGCCUGAAGAAGAAGGUUCUCCAAUCUCUCCCGAAACUUGCCUUCUCGCCGGAGUCACCGGAGUCGGAGAAAUUCGUCGAAUGUGCGAUCUGUCUAGCUGAAUUCUCCGCCGGCGAUGAGCUCCGAGUUUUACCGCAGUGUGGUCACGGAUUCCACGUGUCUUGCAUUGACACGUGGCUAGGAUCUCACUCGUCUUGUCCUUCUUGCCGUCAGAUCUUGGUUGUUGCCAGGUGUCACAAGUGUGGCGGUUUACCCGGUAGCUCUAGCUCCGGACCCGAAUCCGAACCCGAAAUCGAGAUCCGAAUCAAACAAGGCGAAGAUGAUCCCAGCUCCUUCUUGCCAUAAUCAUUUACUUUCCCAUUUAUUUUAUUAGAAAACUAGUAUAAUUUAAUUUAAUGCAGAUCAUCAUUUUAGUGUGAUAGUGUUUAGUCUCUUAAUGUACAUGGUUUAUUGUAAUUUGUAAAUGUUGUAUGAAUUGGAAAUUUAACUAUUUGCAUUUGAGCCUUUUAUUA